AUGGCCGCCUCUGCCACCGAGAAAACCCUAACCGGCGUUGGAAACCUAAUUCGCCUCCUCCCCACCGGUACUGUCUUCCUCUUCCAAUUCCUCAGCCCAAUCCUCACCAACAGCGGCCAAUGCGAACCAAUCAACAAAUCUCUCUCUCUAAUUUUGAUCCUCUUCUGUGGUCUCUCCUGUUUCCUCUCCUCCUUCACUGACUCCUACACUGGCGACGACGAUGCCCUCCACUGGGGCUUUGCGACCGCUUCCGGAAUGUGGCCGUCGCCGGAGUCCAAGGAGGUUGAUCUGUCACCCUACAAGCUUAGGGCAGGGGAUUUUGUACACGCCACCUUUUCGGCUCUGGUUUUUGGAGCUUUGGUGGUUCUAGACUCCGAUACUAUGAAGUGCUUCUUGCCGAGCUUUGCGGCAGCAGAUAAAUUGUUGGUUCAAGUUCUGCCGCCGGUCGUCGGAGCGGUUUCGAGCGUGGUGUUUGUGAUGUUUCCUAAUACUCGCCAUGGCAUCGGGUACUAUGAUUCCUCUGCAACUCCCGGCGGCGCUAAUUCGCCGCUGGUUCGGAGAGGUGCCUGA